CCCUAGUGAUUUCGUUCUAUUUCUAAAACCCAGAAACAUUUAUUUAUUUGUGCAUGUCAUAUUUCAUACUACGUCUAUAUGACUAUAUGUUAGAAAUUAUCUAUAUAUAUAUAAUUCGAUCUUAUGAACUCAUUUACUGGAAAAUGUUGUAUUGAGCUACCCCAACGCUUUAACAGCACAUAAUUGAUCAUUGGUGAUGGACGCAUGCCAAAUGAUUGAAGUUUGAAAUAAGCGGUGAUGUAAUUAUAUGAUUCUAUACUUUGAAUUUAUCAAGCUGCUUCUCUCUUAACUCUUUUUAGCCAAGAAAUAUGCUCAUUUUGUUUACGUUAUAUAGGAUAUGCCAAACCUAUACACGUAAACAACUUCUUGUGAUUUACGUUUCAUUUUUUCUGGCUGUUACCUUAAGAUCCUAACCUACAUUUUUUAUAUAACUAUUUGUAGAAUGAUUUUUUUUUCUCAGCGGGGACUAUAUAUGAUUUGUGCUCCGAAUGUGAUGUAAAUUUAUUUACGAGGUAGCAAUCUUGGUUUUUCCUUUGUAUAAUUUGUUUUUCUUACAUGUAAAUAAAAAUCAAGAGCUUAAAGUUAAAAGGAGUGUAAUAUGGUGGUUUGCGAUCUAUUACCUAAUGUCAACAAAUCAUACAUAUUUUUAUCAUUGCAAACUUUUCAUAGCGAUUAACCUCAAAUUUGCAGUAUGCAAAUUGUUGGGGAAAAUAUUAAGACCUAUAACUGAGAUGAAUAAUUAGGGAGGGGGCAGUUGCAAGUUGUUUAAAAUUUGAAACCAACUCUGUAUCACGAUUGUGUCAUCUCUAGAUUCUCCUCACGCGUACCUUGUUCAACUUUGAAAGGAAUUGUAAGACACAAAACUAUUAUGUCGUAUUCAUAUAAUUAAGUAAAUAACAGGAACUUGUAGGGCUAUAAACGUCAACAAAGUCCCUUAUAAAUAGUCGAGAUUGUCGAUUAAUGCACAUAAAAGAAGAGUGUGAGAUAGCCUCUAGAGUUGUCGUUGAGUCAUGCAGCUCAAAAGGUCAUCAUCUUCUUCCCACUCCAUGAAUCUCAAAACCCUAUUCCUAAAUCUCAUCACACACUCUCUUUACCGUCUUUUACGGUCUCUCUCACGAGCCAAAUCCGUUCUUAUAGAGAUUUCUAAACACAACAAGAAGAGGUUAUUCAUGAUGAUGUUUUACACAACAAAGUCAUCCAUGAACCACCACAACAUCUUCUUUGGAUCCUCCCAUGUCGUCGUUCCUGUCACUAAACCUUUCCCUUUCUCCGUUCAUGGUCAUGAAGAUGAGGAUAAUCUUGAAUCUCAAUACCUCGAGUGGCUAGAAGAAAAAGUUGAUGAGAAUAAUAACAUUAAUGAUGAUCAUCAGAGUGUUGGUGAUGAAGAUAUUGAUCGUUUGGCAGAUAUAUUCAUCGCGAGGUGUCAUGAGAAGUUUUUGCUGGAGAAGGUUGAAUCUUACAGGAGAUUCCAAGAUAUGUUGGCUAGGAGUUUGUGAGAAUUGAGCAUUAGAGCGACGACGACAAAGAGUUUAUUUUAUAUUUUUUAAAGUCAAUAUAAUUCUUGUUUGAUGGAUGUCUUGAUUACUAAAAUGCGAGAGAAUGAAGCCUAUAUACAUAUAUGGAGUUUGGUCAUGUGGAUGUUGUAACAAUCAAGCCUCGUUACAUUUUGAUUUAGUUGGAAAUCUUGAAAUCAAAAGAAACAAAAUUGAAAGUG